UUUGCAGACUGCGGCCAGUAAAAAAACGCAAGGAGUGCACCAAAAUACAGGCUGAUUCAAAUACAAAUGUGGAGACAUGCACAAGCCCGACUUCAACGGAGAAUUCUGCUGGCCACCUAGCAAAUGAACGCCCCAGGUUUAAGUUGCGUCUGCGGCCCGGCACAUUUGCUUCAGUCAUCGUCGACAAAGGUGACUUUUCUUUAUAUACACGCGCCACGCAUGCCCGCAUUUGGAAAUGUUCCCGGGGUCAAUCCGAGAAUCUUAGUUCAACCUAGAUACUACUGCUACAAAUUAAGCCCAGCGUCUUUUAGCAGUCCAAACUUUGAAUUUCAGAUGUAUGAUGAAAUGUGGAAUGGGCAUGUAUAGCUGUAAUUUUCACGUUUUUAUUUGAAACAGAGAAAAGUGACCUCACGCC